AUGUCCCAACCCACAUGCGCCUUAUUGUACCUAAUUGUGCUCUUGGUGUCCGUCGCACUUGGCCUCGAGACCCAGCCCAAGAAAACGGUAGAUGAUCCUCUUGAUAAUUUGAUGUUUCAUCCUGUGGAUAGGGCUAACGAUGGCACAGUUCCUUUCCUCGAGAUGCUUAGCUGCAUACUUGAUCUCUUAUAUUUGAUGAUGGAACUGUAUUAUUUAAUCUCAGAACUGAUGAGCUGGUUAAUGAAGGAGGAGGGCGUCGUUCUUGAGGGUGUCGACCCUUCAAACCAAAGAGAUGUGAUCCAGAGAUUUGAGGCCAUUCCCUGUACCAAACUUUGCCCAGACUGUGCCCUACUGAAACCACUUGAACUUCGAUCCACUUGUACCAUCCACUGUAAAGGCCGCGUGCAAAUGGGUGUUUUGAUGCAUCCAUUCAGGUAUAGAAGAGGCGAUGUACCAAGAAUAUCUGAAAUAACAUCUGGAAAAACUUUUUUUUCAAAAUAAAAU